UGUCCCGGAGCAGGUGGUGUUGAGAGGGGUUUGUCCCUUGUGUGGGGUAAACCCCCUGCUCCGUUCCUUUUUAAACCAGUAGUACUCUUCUGCCCUAAAAUAAUCACUUUGAUCCCCAAACUAAGCUGAGAGCUCUGCCUUAUCGAUGGCGACAAGGCAAAACCUUACCGUGUCGUACGUUUGAGUACCAGGACGCUCUUGCUGUCUUUCAGGGGGCCGGCUGACCGGUACCACGAUGAAAGAAGUAGAAAUAAGGAGGCUCUUUGCUGCCAACCUGCUGUGUGUGUUCUCGGUUAUUCUGACAGCGGUUGUUCCGGCUCUCCUCUGGGAUGGAUUCACGGUCUUGGGAACGCACCUUGUGUGGCUGUGUAUUUGUUCUGUUUGCGUUGGUACCGUUAAUGUAAUCUUGCACUUAGUCCUUAAGCCAAAUCGUUCUCCUAAGAGAAGUUCGCUUGCUCACAAGAUAUCCAGAUUUCUAAAAUGCUGUAUAUACUUUUUCAUGUCUUGCAUAGUAUUUCAUGCCAUUAUUGUUCUCUAUGGAGCACCUCUCCUAGGGUCAGUGACUGAGACAUUUUUGUUUUCAGUUCUCCUCUCUACCUUUACAACUUUACAAUGCUUGUGCAUGCUGGGACCAAACAUCCAAGCGUGGAUACGGGUAUUUAGUAAAAAUGGAGCUAUGUCCAUCUGGGAAAGCAGUUUGCAAAUUACUACUGUGUGCAGUAUACUUGGAGCUUGGUUUGGAGCAUUCCCUAUUCCUCUUGAUUGGGAUCGGCCUUGGCAGGUAUGGCCCAUUUCCUGUUCCUUCGGAGCUACCUUUGGCUAUGUGGCUGGUCUGAUUAUUGCACCUCUGUGGAUACACUGGAACCGGAAGCAGCUUACAUACAAAAGCAGAUAACUGGAGCAAAGAGAGACAAGAUAUGGGCUUCUCUUUCAUGUCAUUCAGUCUUGCCAGAGUUUUUGGGUCAUCACGAAGAUCAAUCUAGCAAGAAAGAGAGCAGUCAUGUUGGAAUCCUUUUUCAAAACUAAAGUCAGCAGGCUAUAUAAUACCCUCUUUUAGAAGCAGAAGCAUUUAUUUAAUGGAGUAUUAUGUGUAUAUAAAUGGAGUCAUGCAUGAUUCAGAUCAUGGACCCUUCCUGAUCAAAAAAGCCUGAAAAUUUAAGCUUGUGAACUACCACCUUUAAUCCAGAAGGAACAAAUGUAUGUUCUGUAAUGCAGCUCUUUGAUUAGAUGUGAUCAUUUUGGAAUGCCAGAAGGUACAUCCAGCAGUGGCAGGCUUAACCCAAAGGUAAUAUCAACAUGUGGAUCACUUUGUAAUUGAAGCCCAGUUGACUGGUUACAAGAAGCAGGAGGAAAUUGUCUCAUUUCUUCCUUUGCUCCUUUGCUUCAGCAAAUACUGUAUAUGACCAACAACUGUAGACCCAUGUACAUGGGUAUAAAUAGACAAGUUUAUUCCUUAAAUCCUCUGACUUUCCAGAAAGUCCCAAGGAGAGAUGGAGCAAUUUUGCCACUCUGUUUCCAGUGAAUAUAUCUUAACAAAAUGCAGGUAGCCCAUUAGAGAACACCACAAAUCUAGGUUUUUCUGCCACUUGCUAGGGUUGUUCUUCCACAGCCAGAAGCCUGUUGGUCCUGAAUUUCCAGCCCAAAGAAAAGGCACCAUAUAGUGAUCUGAAUUGUUUAAAUAAAGUAGAACAGAACCAGAUAUACCUGUGUUCCUACUAGUAAAAAGGGAACAUUAGGUGCAUAUUCCUUCAACUCUGGUACCCACUCUUCCUUCACAUUUUGAAAUGAAGCAGGGUUUACCACUGAGAAGCAGAUAAGGAAGACAUCGGUCAUAGGAUAAGAUAAAGGUCUCAGACGAUCAUAGUCUUC